CCAUCCCUACGCCCACCGGGUCCUGCUCGUCAGGCCUUCCCCUGACCUCCGCCGCCCCACCGAAUCAGCGCCGCCGUAACCGCCAGCGUCACCGCGCAAUGAGAUCCCGCGGCUUCUUAUGCGUCGCGUCGCGUCGCCCAGACCAGCCGCGGCCCUACUCCGUCCAGCGCGCCCUCGAGGGCCUCCGCCCCUGCCUCGUCCGCCCUCGCCGCGCCGGCGCCCGCUCGAAUCGAGCACCCGCCGACUUUCCUUGCCCGCGAACACCUCCCUCUACAAAAGCAUAUGCCGGGCAACCCCCAGCGAGUUUGCCCAUGGACCUCUCGGAUGCCCCGGAGGUGAGCUUCCCGCGCCGGAGAUCAAGAUCGUCGCCGUCUUCCCCACCGCCGGCAAAAGUUGCCUGCUACCGCGUCUCACGUGCUCAGGUACAACCCAUCUAGUUUUCCUUAUACAAAAGGAUUAGGAUCAUGUUGAAUGAGAUUCAAGCUAUAGCUUGGAGCAGUCUUGGUAUAGGAGGCAUCGUAAUCUUAACUAGUCCUUCAAGAAUCUGAAGCACCCGUUCCAUUGUUGGCCGAUCAAGCUCCUCAUCUUGGAUGCACCAACAUGCAACCUUGCAAGCCAGUUCAACUUCAUCCAAAUUGACAUCACCAUGUAGCUUGUCAUCUACCAAACUCCCGACAUCUCCUUCAAGAAGCUUUUGUGCGGCAUGCACAGGGAAAUACACGUCAAGGUUGCCACUGCUAGUACAUGGUGCCCAUGAGUUUCUCUUUCCAGAUAUUAUUUCCAGCAACAUCAUCCCGUAGCUAUACACAUCAACUUUUGGUGUGAUGGCAACGCCACUAAUCCAUUCAGGUGCAAGGUACCCGGAAGUUCCUCUCGUUGUAGUCAGUACUCGGCUAAAUUCCCUUCCCAAUAGCUUUGCCAUCCCAAAGUCUGCAACUUUGGGAAUUAGUGAAUCAUCAAGAAGUAUGUUUUCUGGCUUAAUAUCACAGUGUAUGAUGCAGUCUCGACAGCUCUCAUGCAAGUAGGCUAAACCUCUAGCAACCCCCAGGGCUAUCUGAUAUCUAAUAGUCCAACUCAAUAUCAUUGAAUUGUUUCGAAAUAGAUGGACAUCAAGAGAGCGAUUUGACAUGUGUUCAUAAACAAGCAACCUCUUGGAACCCUCACAACAAAAACCGACAAGCUUAACUAAAUUGACGUGUUGGACAGCUCCAAUUGAGCUCACUUCAGCUCUGAAUUGCUUCUCUCCUUGAUAAGCACCGUCAAGCCUUUUCACUGCUAUAGCUACCGAGCCAUUUAAAAAACCCUUGAAUACAGAACCAAAACUGCCUGCCCCCAACUUAUCUGUGAAUUUUGUUGUGGCUUGUUGUAAAUCAGUGUAUCUAAAUGCAAUGAUUCUAUUGCAACCUUGAACACCAUCGAGUAUAUGGCUAGAGCUCUUGCUUUUGUUUCUCCAAAUCAUUACCAGGACAACAAGUGCAAAUAAAACUAGAGCAGAAACACAUGUACCAGUUGCAACUCCAAUAACAAUCCCCUUUCUGUUGUUUUUCACUCCGUGGAAAUCUUUAGCAGAAACGCGAAGGUAAAGAGUUUCUCCAGUUGGACUUGAAGUACCACUACAUUCUAGCGCUCGUAUAUUGAGCAAUUCAUUAUGCCAGAUAGAACAUCUUCCAUCAUUGAAGGAAUAUGCGGUGCAAGAGCAAUCCCUCAGACAAACUUGUGCACACUCGCUCGCACUUGCAGCAGCUUCUAGUUUUGGGGCAUUCUCCGGAAACUCAACACAUGACACAGAGUAGAACUUGUCUGUUGUAUGAGUUGUGCUUUUGUUGCUAAUGCAGUCUAACGGAGUAUUUCUUGAGCACCCACCUGUUCGAUCUUCUAGCUCCCAAUCCAUUGGGGAUGUUAUGGUGAAGCCCUCCAUGCAGUUGCAAUGUGGAAGCGCAUUAUCAUUGCAAAUUGUGAAAGAUCCACAGAUUGCAAAGACAUCACACUGAAGUUUCGGUUGGGCAUAGAUCAUUGUCCAAUCCUGUGAGUCCUCCAGCCAAAUGAACGCUUUUCUUUGACCUGAGAUGUCCAUUACAUUACGAGUAACCAUAGAUUUAUUGACUAAGUUAACUGUCAAAUACCUCUCUUGGUCAUUGAUGACAAAUGUUGUGUUGAAAACUGGGUUGCUGACUUUCAUCUCUGGUAUUGAGGGAAAAUAUUCGCCGUUCCAUACACCUGUCGACCAAUAUGGUAUGGAGGAGUUCAACGGUGUAAGCAUGAACUGAUUGAGACCACUGGGGUCUAACGCAUAACAAUAGACACCGGUAGCUGGAUUGUUCAAGUUCUUCCAAGGAACAAGGCGGCGAUUCAGGCCAGUGACCUUGUCCCAUCCUAACUUCGCCCCAGGGAAAAGUGUAUCUGUGGGGUGAUCAAAGCUCUGCCACAGAACCUCUGAUGAGUUUGAAGAGUCUGUUAGGAUGAAAUUUCCAUUACUCAAGAGCAUAGCAGUGGUGCUAUUUCUUGUGAUGUUUUCUUGUGUACUCCAGAUUAUGGACUUGGUGAACCGGUUUAAGAUGACAAGGUUGCCAUCGUGGGAGAUUGUGAGCUCCGGUGAGGUGGUGUUCUUGAUUGGUGUAUCCCUAUUUGCAACCCACGCAGAAGUAAAUUUGGGUACUGUAUUGAACCAUAUGCCAAGGUACCAGUUGGUAGUGUCUUGGGAGGGUUUGCUGCUGCUUUUGUUGAAGAAGCCAAGCGCAUACCUGCCAUUUUUGGAGACGAGCUUUGCGUUGACAGCAAGUGCUUGGCCGGCCAAGAUGGUGUCCAUCGAGGCAGAAUUUGCUUGGGUGCACAGGAAGAGGAGCAAGGUGAAAUCUAUGAGGAGAUGCAUGAUGAACUGAAGAGGAUGGCAAACCUGAGGAUGCCAGAUACUACAGAUAUAAGUGCUCAAGCUUCAAUUGUCUGGUCAUAGCAGUAAAAGGCACGGUGGAGCCAAAAGUCAAGAGUUCAUGACAACCAUACAAACCGGUGGAAAACUGUGAAGCAUCAAUGGUCUUAUUCUGGACUCCUUGCUUUGACAGCAGUGAAAAACUUGCUUUGGACUGGGUUUGCGUGGUGGAGACUCUAGAAUGGAGAGGAAAGAGACAUGCGUGGGCAUGAUCAAAGUAUUGUCUAUCACAACAUGACAAGUAUGUGGACACUUCAGGCGCUAGCUUGGUCUUAAGGUGCCAUAUUUUUAAGGAAAAAUAAACGCCAGUUAAUACAAGUCAUGUUAAGUCUUUUAUUGGUAUUAUACACUGCUGUAAAGUGUUCUUUUGAUCACACUGUUGGUAUUCUUUUGUGUAUUAAAGAGGGCAACAACCAUGACAUAUUUCAGUUUAUUUACUAGAAAUAAUCUUGUACCUCUCACGAGGCUACAACUCUGUAGCUGAUCUGAUUGCUUUUACUUCUGUAUAUGCACUUCACUAUGUAAUCUCACGAACUUCUGUUAUUUCCUUUCCUGUAUUGGCACUUAUCAUUUGGGAAAAAGAAAGCCUUAUACCUAUUGUCAGUCA